UCCUAUGCUGCUAUCACUUGUCUGAGCUUCCCACUGAGGCUGUGACUUGUGAGAGCCCCACAGCCUGAGCUGUCCCUGUCUAUCCCUGUCUGUUUAUGUCCCUCCAGGGCUGAGGAUCUGUACAAAUCCCAUCAAGGACCUGCUGCCUGAGCCAACAGAAACACACAGCCAGCAGCAGCAUUAAACCUCAACAGCAACAGACAGACACACUUUGUAGGCACUGACUCACAAACUGGCAUGGCAUCUUCACCAUAAGGGGAGAAUACACCACCUGCACAAGGAAAAUAAACAAGACUCAUUUUGGGGGAUUUCAUUAUCAAUUCCCCACAACCCACCAAAAAAAAUAAAUAAACUUAUUGGAGGAGGAGCUUGUCCAACCAUCAUUAUCAGUUUGUGUUAUUUAUUUAUAUGUUGUGGAGUGGCUGUUGGGAAUCCAAUGCUCAAUCUGCACACAGGAGGAGAGAUGUGCAAGUCUUGGAAGUGCUAAAGGAAAGGCUGCAAUCAAUGACAGGAUAUAGGAGCCUGAGAUCACUCAGACAGAGCAGUUCCUUCGCCUGUAGGACACAGAUUGGAUCUCCUUCCUGGAACUAAGAUUGGAAUACCACGAGAUUUGCUGCUCAUUCGAAUUUAGAUUUGUAUUGCUACUAUUGUUGCCAAUUUGAAAUUCUCCUGUUCUACUGGUUAUACCUUCAGCCUAAGGAUGGAUAUCAGCCUACUAUUCUCCUAUUCGUGUCUCCUACUCGCCGUCCAGCUAGCCAGAGCUACAAGGAAUGACAAAUGUGGAGAUACUAUUAAAAUCACGACUCCGAGCUACCUUACUUCUCCUGGAUAUCCGCUUUCUUAUCACUCAUCGGAAAAGUGUGAAUGGUUAAUACAGGCUCCAGAACCCUAUCAGAGAAUAUUGAUCAACUUCAAUCCACACUUCGACUUGGAAGACAGAGAGUGCAAAUAUGAUUACGUGGAAGUGAUCGACGGUGAACACGCCAGUGGCCGUUUGUUGGGAAAAUAUUGUGGAAAGAUUGCCCCCACUGCUCUAGUCUCCACUGGGCCAUCGUUAUUCAUUAGAUUUGUCUCCGACUAUGAAACACAUGGAGCUGGAUUUUCUAUCCGCUAUGAAAUUUUUAAAGCCGGUCCAGAAUGUUCUCGGAACUACACAUCAAUGAACGGAGUGAUAAAAUCGCCAGGCUUUCCUGAAAAAUACCCCAAUGCUUUGGAAUGCACCUACAUUGUCUUUGCGCCAAAGAUGUCCGAAAUCAUAAUGGAAUUUGAAAGCUUCGAGUUAGAACCCGAUUCCAACGCACCAGGUGGAAGGUCUUGUCGCUAUGACUAUUUGGAGAUAUGGGAUGGAUUCCCUGGGGUUGGUCCUCAUAUUGGACGUUACUGCGGACAGAACACCCCAGGACGUAUUCAUUCUUCGACCGGAAUUCUCUCAAUGAUUUUUCACACAGACAAUGCAAUAGCCAAGGAAGGCUUCUCUGCAAACUACAGUGUUUUGCCAAACAAUGCUGAAGAAGAUUUCAAGUGCAAGGAGCCACUGGGUAUGGAAUCUGGAGAAAUACACUCGGACCAAAUCUCAGUCUCAUCCCAGUACAGCACUAACUGGUCUGCAGAACGAUCACGCCUGAACUACAUCGAAAAUGGGUGGACUCCGGGAGAAGACUCUGUUAAAGAAUGGAUUCAGGUAGAUCUGGGUCUUCUCCGCUUUGUCUCUGGAAUUGGGACCCAGGGAGCCGUCUCUAAGGAAACUAGGAAAAAAUAUUACAUAAAAUCGUACAAAGUUGAUAUUAGCUCUAACGGAGAAGACUGGAUUACACUAAAGGAUGGGAAUAAACCUCUGGUGUUUGAAGGAAACACCAACCCAAUUGACGUGAUAUAUCGGCCAUUUCCGAAACCUGUACUAACGCGUUUUGUGAGAAUUCGGCCUGUAACGUGGGAGACUGGGAUAUCACUGCGAUUUGAAGUAUACGGCUGCAAAAUAACUGAUUACCCAUGCUCGGGGAUGCUGGGGAUGGUCUCAGGACUCAUUUCUGAUUCCCAGAUUACAGCUUCAAGUCAAGCUGAUCGGAACUGGGUCCCAGAGUUUGCACGUCUUGUAACGAGUCGCUCUGGCUGGGCGCUUCCUCCAACAACCGUACACCCAUACACAAAAGAAUGGCUGCAGAUCGACCUCGGGGAAGAGAAGGUAGUACGUGGAAUCAUCAUCCAGGGUGGGAAGCAACGAGAGAACAAGGUCUUCAUGAGGAAGUUCAAAAUCGGAUACAGCAAUAAUGGAACAGAGUGGGAAAUGAUCAUGGAUUCCAGCAGAAACAAAGCGAAGACAUUCGAAGGUAACACAAAUUAUGAUACUCCGGAGCUGCGCACAUUUGCGCCAUUAUCAACCCGUUUUAUCCGCGUGAUUCCGGAAAGGUCUGCUACGUCCGGUUUAGGCUUACGGCUGGAGCUUCUGGGCUGUGAAAUGGAAGUGCCUACAACGAUUCCCACCACACCUGAGGUCAAUGGCGCGGAUGAAUGUGAAGAAGACCAGGCGAACUGCCACAGUGGAACAAGUGAUGACUACAAACUGACAGGAACCACAGUGCAAAGUUACACAGAGGUGCCAAGCACAGAACCUGACGACAACACAGAACCUACAGGCUUGCCACAUGAUGACCUUGGCUGCACAUUUGGAUGGGGAUCACAGAAGACAGUCUGUUUAUGGGAACACGACAACAGUUUGGGCCUGAAAUGGACCGUACUGAACAGCAAAACCGGACCAGUGCGGGAUCAUACAGGGGAUGGCAACUUCCUUUAUUCUGAAGCUGACGAAAGGCACCGGGGUAAAGCUGCCCGACUGCUGAGUCCUGUCAUCUCUUCUACGAGGUCAUCACACUGUAUGUCCUUCUGGUACCAUUUCUCUGGUUCACACGUUGGCUCCUUGAGUAUCAAACUAAAGUACGAAAAGCAAGAUGACUUUGGACAGAACUUGCUGACGCUCAGUGGCAAUCAAGGAAAUCGCUGGAGAGAAGCUCGAGUCUAUCUUCAAAAGUCCAUGAAGCAAUAUCGGGUCAUUAUAGAAGGGACAAUUGGAAAAGGAAGCAGUGGUGGGAUUGCAGUGGAUGAUAUUAUUAUCACCAACCAGAUACCUCAAGAACAUUGUAAAGGUCCAGAACCAGCAGAACCUGACCUUGACCUUGAACGCCAAGAUCCUGAAAUUGAUAAAACUGGUUCCACACCUAACUACUCUAGCGAGGGAUUUAACGAGAGUAUCUCCAAGAAGCCAGGAAAUGUUCUGAAAAGCUUGGAUCCUAUCCUCAUCACCAUAAUAGCUAUGAGCGCUCUGGGGGUCCUACUAGGUGCUAUCUGCGGAGUGGUCCUCUACUGUGCAUGUUGGCACAGUGGCAUGUCAGACAGGAACUUAUCAGCACUGGAAAAUUAUAACUUUGAACUUGUGGAUGGUGUCAAGUAAAAAGGACAAACUAAACACACAGAAUUCAUAUUCAGAAGCGUGAAAGUGCAAAAAAAAAAGAAAUAUCAUGGUAUAGACAUAUUGAAAAAGAAAGACUUGUGGAUGAGGACCGACAAUUUAUUACUGUUCAGGCUAAAAAUGCGUUGGGAUGACGUAAAGCCAAGCUUUUCUCAGGAGCUUCAGUGAAUACAUCUGAUACCUAUGAACGUAUAUACAAUCUGAAUCAUGUACAGUUGGCUUUCUGUUAGUUUUGUUUUGAAUAAUCAGAUGCUGGUGUUGAGACCAAUUAUGAUCAAAUUAUGGUUUGUAAUCUCUGUUACACUUAGUUUUGUUCUCCUGCUUUGGAUAUUCCUUUGUUGUGUGCAAAACCCAAAACGCUCUUGCAGAUUAUACCAGGGUUCUUCGAACGGGUGCCCAUCCUUGGGAUGUUUGUACCACAUCAUCACAGGACGAUCGGCGCAAUCUUUUCCCCAUGUUUGUGCAUAUUUGUUCGUGCCGUGUAUAAAGCAACAAAAGACGUAGGAAAUUCUUUAAAACAAACAAAAAAAAAUAGUACCACUAUUAAUGUUUCUGGCAUUUUUUUAAGCAAAGCUAUAAAUUAUUGUUGCUUUUCAGUGUUGUUCUCAAGCAAAGUGCUUAAAACGUCUAUACAGUACACGCACCAUCAUCAGAUGCAACAGGCAAUAGAGGGUAGUUAUUACCCAAAAUGGAAAUGUUGUUGGCACUGGCUAUUGGAUAUCCUCUAAAGUGCCUUUUUGUGUUUGUAUUGAUUUUGACUGUGUGAUCACUGACUACAACAAUGUUCUUUUUAUAGGCCCUUGUCUCUAACUGUACUACAGUGGCUAAACAAAAUGUUGUUCACAUAGCCUCCAGGAGGACAGGCCUAAAACAGCUCUGUCCACUUGGCUAAUUAAUUUUUAUUUCAGAACAUAUUUUUUUCCAUGAUUUUAUUGUAAAAAGCUGCAAUAUAAUAUCAUUUUUUUUUUUUUUUUGUUCUUCUCUAGAAUGUAUUUAACAAUCUAUUCUCAUCGUCCUGGUAGAUCAUGUUUAAAUAUUUGCCAUAGUUAAAAAAUCAGAAUGCAGCUUUCUGGCUACAAAAAAACAGGAGGGUGUUCCAGUAGACCCUUUUGUUGAAUGCAAAUAAGGGAAGGUUCUUGGAUUGCCCAAUCACAGGGAUAUUAAGCCUGCAGCACUCCAGCUGUUAAAGAACUGCAACUCAUGAGUUAUAAGCCCGCCGGCACAGACUCGAUAGAGCUGUAUAAUUCUAGAACAGCAGGAAUCCUGCUGGCCUCCUACUCUGUCUAGUAUAACUUUGACUUUCUGUUAGGAUGUAUAAAGUACCGGUAUCAUUUUUCCGCUCACCAAAAUACGAGACACGUGUUUAUGAAUUAUUAAAGAACUAUACCCUCUGGCAUUCAAAGGGUAAACUCUGGUUCACAAGACAGUUCCGAAAACACUUUAUUAACGCCUCAAAUAUUUUAUUCUUUAAACUGUUCAUUGUAGAGUACUGUCAAUGUAAUUGCAUCAUUUAGGCCAAAACAAAUCAUUUCCCAGCGUUAUCCCAUUUUCCCCGGGCUAUAAUGUGCAACACCUUUGUUAAUGCUCCAUAAUUUACGGUUUAGCAAAUAAUCCCCUAAGAUUCUGUUUUCUCAAUAGAAUUAGCCUGCUGGGUCUCCCCUUUACAUGUCUUGACUGUCACAUGACCAGCUGGUCAAGAAUUGUAGAGAAAGAAUUGGACUUAGUUAUAAGGUGAACAUUUUAUGUGCGUAUGUCUAUGUUUCAAGAUAUAUUUAUAGAUAUAACCAACAUUUUCGGUUGUGAUAGUUCACAAUAUAUGGUUGUUUAAUUGUUUUAUUUAUUCUUCAGAAUUGUACUUUUUUUUUUUUUUAUAGAUAUGGCUAUUGGCGGCUCAUCCCAUUAAGUCAUUAUUUGCUCUGCUCCUGGAGAGCAGUAGUUUGACAGCAAUAUAUUUUUAUUACAUUGCAAUUGUGGCCGUAAGCAUAUUUGCAUGAUGUUGCCAUGCUAGUAGUUCUAGGGUCCAGUGGUUCUAGCAGCUAUAAAGCUUUAUAGGGUUAGUCAGGCCUUGUCAACAUUUAAAUUUUAAUAAAAGUCUGUGUUCCAGGUUCCUAUAUUUCAUUAACAAUCUUCUAUUGUGUGAAGGGAUUUUUGUAUAAGAAACACAUUCCACAGACUUCAUAAGGAUUGUAGCAAGAAAAACGAGUGUCUGCAUGUGAUGUGCUUUGCCACAAGACACAAUCAAUUAUCUUGAAACAAUUAUUAAGAUCGGGAGACCGGACAACUAAACACAACAACCAGAUACCCCAUCUGACUCAUUGAAUCCAAUGUAUGUCAUACUUUUCAGUCCUACAAAGAGUUAUCUUGUCUUUCAGACCAGCUUCCUACAAGAGAUCCUGGUGUUUCACACCAGCUAUGUGCAGACCUGGUCCAGUGGAAGUUUUAUUAUUGAUAAUGUCUUGCCCUUAUUCCAAUUUAAACCACAUUUUGGGAGUUUGGGAGGCACUUACCGACCAAAUUUGGCAGUAUAACUAACAAAAUAUGCAUUCCAGUUCAAGUUACAGUGUAAUGCAUUUGUAUACAGGCUAGCUUGAUAAAUACUGUUACCUUGAGAAAUAAAUGGCAAAAAUACAUAUACAUGCACCACUCACAGUAGGUACUGCAUUUAAAUAUGACAAGACUGUAUUUUAAUGAUAUAUACACGUUUUAAUAUGUUUAGGCUUGAAGCAGACCUGGCUCUUAAAAUAAUUUUCUUGGUUAAACUAAAUAUAUUACUUUUCAAUACCACCUCAUUGUUAGAUAAUUUGUUUCGGGUUUAAGGAGGAAGGCAUUCAUUGUACAUAUCCUGUGGUUUUAUUUUAAUUCAAACUAUAUGAGGAAGCCAAAACAUGUUAGACUUUGCCCUAAAAUAUUUCCAGUAUGGUAAUAUCUGCAUUAAUUGACGUAAAAAAGGAAAAAUGAUACUGAGUCUUUAAAAACUUAGCGAAAGGAAUCUUGCACUGAAAUCUAUAUUUAAAUUUAUAUGUUGAUAAUGUUAUUAACCCUUUCUUUGCCAGAGAGGACCGCAAUAUAUUGCACAGUUGGGGUAUGGCGGCGGACAAGACACGGACUUCAGCAGACGUAGUUGGGGCAUUGAUGAUCAGGGUGGAGCGUGUGUAUAACUAGGCAGUAAUAAAUGCACAGCUUUUCAAAGUGUCUUGUAUGCAUUAUGGGAAAACAAAUAUGGCAAUGUACUAAGAUAACUCUCUGGUAGAGAAAGCGUUCAUUUGUAAAGGCAGUGUUAAAAACGUUCAUUUAUAUUGUUUUAGGAUUGUUUCAUAAUUUUAAAAAAAAAUGUAAAAAUAACAUAUUUUUUCUUUAUUGAAAACUAUAAAAAAAACUUUUUUCUGUAGGUAAAAUGAUUUCAUUUUACUGGCAUAUUAUUGCUUCAUGUUUUGUAUCAUCAUGAACUUUUGUGCAAAUUUUUUUACAGAAAUUUUUAUUUUCUAUGACAAUAUGACACUUGUAAAUUGUUGUUUUGGAAUGAACAGCGAAGCCUUAACUUUGAAUGACAUUUGUAUUCUUGGAUAUUGAACUGCAUAAGAUCACAUAAAAAAAACUAACUGUAAUUAAAAUCCCAAACAAUGACUACUACAUUCCAAAGAUACAGUUGAAAUAAACAUUUUCAUAAAAUA